AUGACCUCUUCUCGUCAAGAAAUCCCCCUAACCAGCCCCCGCCGCUCCAACUUCACCGAAUCCACCUCCAAACCGAUCAUCGUGAUCGUGAGCCCGACCACCCCAGCAGUCUCAGAAGCAGACUCACCACCAUCUUCUCCAUCCUCGCAGGAACCAUCUUCCCCUCCCCCGGCCCGCCGCUCAUCCUACACCUCCCUCCUGGCGAAGAUCUCUCGAGACGCACAUAUCCUAACCAUUACCUCGCUCGAGUCCCUCGAAGAAACACUGACCCAGCACGGUCCCAAAAUCGCCGGCUUCAUCAUCUCCUCGACGGCAAUCCUCCAUCCAAUCCAUCAUGCACUCGCCAUGCGUCUCGCUGAGCUCGCACACAACAACCACACAGAACCCCCCACCAACCCACCCACUACCUCAGCCUCUAACCCCACCCCCUCCUCAAAAGAAGAAGGCUCAGAAAGAGGCAGAAGAAUCUACACAAUCAUCUUCGCGCUCUCCUUCGCCAGCACCGCCAUCUCCACCCCCCUCCUCUUCGCCUCCUUCAUGCGCACCAUCUUCCACCUCCCCUGGCGUCUCAGCGGGAUGACGAACCAGAAAGUGAAAACGAAGCUGCGCGCCUCCGUGCUCCGCAAACUGGGACAGCGGGUCUACCGCGUACGAUACUGCUUCCGGAGCGUGUUUUUGCGGAAUGUGAAGUUGGCGGAUAAGGUUGUUGUUGCGACGGGGGAGUUUCCGGUGGGUGGGCAACGGGUUUCGACUACUAGUAUGGGUGUGGAUGUGGCUUUUUGGUUGGGGGAUGGGAGUGGGGAUUUUGAUGAUGAUGAUGGAGAUGAAGAUGGGUAUGGAGAGGGAGGGGAUGGGACUGAGACGGCGAGUACGGAUGAGGAGAUGGAGGAGGAUUGGCAGAGUGAGGAGAGUGAGGGGACGGCUGUGGGGGGUGAUUUUGGGGAUGGGUAUUCGUUUCUCGGGGAGGAGGGUGAGUAUCUUCAGGGCGGUUCUGCUGAUCUUGUGGUGAACGGGGAUGGGGAUGCAGCGAUGCAGGUGGACGAGGACGCCGGGUUUCUGGCUGAUGUGGAGGAUAACGAGGUGGAUGGGUUGGAUGUUCAUCCUAUCGUCACUACUACGUUUGUUGUUGGCAAUCAUGUCAACAGCGGCAGUGUCAACAUGAACAACGGGGCCCAUCAAGUCGACGACGUCUUCUCAGACAACAGCACCUUCUUGAGUCCAACUUCCCUCCUCACGAACAGUCCUGCUGCUACCGUCUCCACGCCUGCCACCACAACCGUGGCAUCAUCCUUCGAGGAAGACGACGAGGAGGACGAUGAUGACGAAGAAGCUGAAACCGCACUCGCCGCCGGCACCAUCAUCCAAACCAUCGAAGGAGAAGAAGACCUAGACGACUCCGAGGACUUGGACAUGGACUUCAACCUAUCCACCACUCAUAUCCACGCGCACAUCACCAACCACAACAACAACAACAACAACCCAUCCCUCAACCUCCUCCACGCAACCAACUACGCCCUCAACCUCACCACCCCCAACACCACUGGCAACUAUGACUCAGAUAACAACGAAGAAAACAUAACCCCACCACCCCCCCUCCACCCAACCGACACCGACUGGGUCCCCUCCGACGACGAAGGCACCAGCGUGGACCUCUGCUGCGCAGACAGCCCGAUCGUGAUCCACGAGUUCAAGCGAACCGUCCUGCGCGACGACGGCGUGCAAGAGAAGGUGCCGUGCGGGUAUGUCGGGUUCGUGGGCCAUGUUGAUGAUAGUCGGUCAAUGAGUACGUUGAUUUUGGGGAUGUGUGCGGUGCCGAAACUUGUUGAGGAUCCAUCUGGUUAAUCAUUUGGUUCGGUCGAUGGAUGGAUGGAUGUGUCUUGCUUCUAGGAAUGGGAGUGGACCGUGUUGAUGCGGUUGGAUUGUAAUGUGAGAAGGGUUUUAUGUGGAUUGGCUGGAGAGAAAGUGGUUGAACUAGUUACGGGUGAUAGAAAUUGAUUGAUGGGGUUGAUAUUGACGAAAGAAAAGAACAGGAAAGAUCUAACUAGUUGAGAAAGAAAGACAGAAGUCGUCUAGAAAAGAGAUCAAGUGAGGUGGAAUGACCAUA